AUGUGGUGCGGCGGGAGGAAGUGCGGCUUGUUUUCCCGGCUAGGCUCUGGAGCGGCGGGCGCGGCGCGAUGCGCGGGUACCCGGGAGCGAACGGCUGCGAGCCCCGAUGAAGCUCGAGCGGCCCCAGCCUGAUGGAGGCGCCUCCGUGGGAGCCGGUGCGCAAUGACUCCCUGCCUCCCACGCUGAGCCCCGCGGUGCCGCCCUACGUGAAGCUCGGCCUCACUUCGGUCUACACCGCCUUCUACGCGCUCCUCUUCGUGUUCAUCUAUGCGCAGCUCUGGCUGGUGCUGCGCUACCGUCACAAGCGGCUCAGCUACCAGAGCGUCUUCCUCUUCCUUUGCCUCUUCUGGGCCUCGCUGCGUACCGUGCUCUUCUCCUUUUACUUCCGAGACUUCGUGGCAGCCAACUCGUUCAGCCCCUUCGUCUUCUGGCUGCUCUACUGCUUCCCCGUGUGUCUACAGUUCUUCACCCUCACGCUCAUGAACUUGUACUUCACGCAGGUGAUUUUCAAGGCCAAGUCAAAAUAUUCUCCAGAACUACUCAAAUACCGGUUACCCCUCUACCUGGCCUCACUUUUCAUCAGCCUUGUUUUCCUGUUGGUGAAUCUGACCUGUGCUGUGCUGGUGAAGACGGGAGACUGGGACAGGAAGGUUAUCGUCUCGGUGAGAGUGGCCAUCAAUGACACACUCUUUGUGCUGUGUGCUAUCUCUCUCUCCAUCUGCCUCUACAAAAUCUCCAAGAUGUCCCUGGCCAACAUCUACUUGGAGUCAAAGGGCUCAUCAGUGUGUCAGGUAACUGCCAUUGGUGUCACCGUCAUCUUGCUCUACACCUCUCGGGCCUGCUACAACCUGUUCAUCUUGUCAUUUUCUCAGAUCAAGAGCGUCCAUUCCUUUGAUUAUGACUGGUACAAUGUAUCCGACCAGGCAGAUCUGAAGAGCCAGCUGGGUGAUGCCGGCUACGUAGUGUUUGGCGUGGUGCUUUUCGUGUGGGAGCUCCUACCCACCACCUUGGUGGUUUAUUUCUUCCGAGUCAGAAAUCCCACGAAGGAUCUUACCAAUCCUGGGAUGGUCCCCAGCCAUGGAUUCAGUCCCAGAUCUUACUUCUUUGACAACCCCCGAAGAUAUGACAGUGAUGAUGACCUUGCCUGGAACAUUGCCCCUCAGGGACUUCAGGGAAGGACCUCUCCGAGCCCACCCAGAGAGAGCCAGGGCAUGUGCUGCUCCACUCACUCACUGGAACGUGAUCUGGGACAUCCAGGCAGACAUCUUGGAUCCUCUUCUAAAGCCAGAGAAUAUAUGAACAAUUAUCAUUAGAGUGAAUAUAUUAUAAGAACCAAAAUUUGAAAUUUGUCAUUCUUAACCAAUUAUUUACUAAGAUACUCACAAGUGUCAUCUCAUUCAUUGUUUGCUACAGUCCUGUGAGGUCAGUAUAAUUAAGUUCUCAUGGUUCCAGAUCUGUGGGAGUCCCUUUUCUGGGUAAGCAUCGUGGCUGGCCCUGGGGCAUACAUACCUCAAUGCCAGAGCACAUGGGAACUGCCUCCUUUGAAAAUUCACUUGCAGACUGGACUGUGUCCAUUUUGGGGUGGGCACUUACACAUGGUAGCAUUCACAAUGGUGUAUGUAUGCUCAAGACAGUAAACAAGCUGUGCCUGGUGCCUUCAGCUAGAUCCAGAGUCCGGAUAACAGCUAGGAAAGGGGGGAAGGGAAGCAUCUUGUGGCCCUCAGUCCCUCCUCUCCCUGUGCACCUGGAUCUACCCAAUGCUCAGAAAGUCGUGCUUGCUUUUUGCUCUGUGUAACAGUGAAAGUCCUUGGAAAUGGGGGGAGUACUCUGAAAGGACCUUGGUUUGGAAAUAAAGAGCUGAGAUAGAACACAUUGCUGUCUCAGAGAGGAGGGAGGAGAGACCCCCUGAUCAGAUAACAAGACAAGGUAGCAAGUAGGGGAAAGCACAGAUGUCAAGUCCAGACUCUGGAAGCAAGCCAACAUAAAGAUUUCUCAGGGUCAAGAGCUAUCCUCCUAGAGUUUGAGCUCCACCUCUUCCUAAAGCUUUUCUCUAUCUAACCUAGCUGCCCCACGCUUUCACCCUGUAACCCCGCUGGAGUGCUGGAGCGUCCCUAACCACUACUUGCCAGAAGUUACCGAGAGGGCAGUACCCACCCUGUACCGAGAGCAAGAAAAGACAUGAUAGAGGAAACUAUGAUAGAGGAAACUGAAAGGUGUUUUUGAGUUCCAAUGAUAUCUCAGGUAUCGCUCUUGAGGACUUUUAUAGGUGUUCACUCAACCCUGACAACAGCUCAAAUAGAAAAUUGCUAAUGUCUUCCUGUUCCACCUACAAGGAACUUGAGACAUAGACGUUAUAUAUCCAAAACGCACGAUAAUCUCCCACCUUAGGGGGUCACUUUAUUUUUUUAUUUUUAUUUUAUUUUUUGGUUUUGUUCAGGACAGGGUUUCUCUGUAUAGCCCUGGCUGUCCUGGAACUCACUUUGUAGACCAGGCUGGCCUCGAACUCAGAAAUCNGCCUGCCUCUGCCUCCNNAGUGCUGGGAUUAAAGGCGUGUGCCACCACCGCCUGGCCUUUUUUUUUUUUUUCCUAAAUCUGUGUUCUCCACAGUGGCUAGUUUUAGGUUCUGUAGUUGCAGACUUCUAAGCUCUGCGGGGUUCAGUAGACUUGAAUUCAGGCUGGCAGCAGUGUGCAUAGCUGUUUGGUAGAAAAUGGGCAAGAUACUAGGCCUGAAGACUCAGGUCUGUUGCUAAAAUCCACAUACGACAUAUAUGCAAUACCCUGUGUCAAGCCACUGAACUGGCUUUGUUUGUUUGUUUAAAGCUUUGCUCCAGACUACUAUGAUUGGGGACAACAAAAUAACAGCUUCCUGGCACAAGCAGGGACUUUGCAUCAAGACUCCACUUUGGAUCCAGACAAAGCAAGCCAAGGGUAGCAGCAGCUGACACAGCCCUAUGGAAGAGUUCUCUGUUGAAAGCCUUCAGCCAGACAGACCGGAUGACAGCUGAGUUGUUAAGGCAGUUUUCCUUAGGAAACAACUCUAGUUUUUGCUAUAGCUUUCUCAUGGCUCCACAGGGCUAAGCAAUAAUUUAGAGCAAUAAACCCUUUAGUACUAGCAGAGAAUCUGGCUAUUUCAGUGGGUAUAAUUUAAACUUAUAAAAGAGAUUCUGUACUUUUAUAAAGAUGUAUUUUAUAUAACUUAAAUACUAAUGCUAAAGUAUACUAGGUUUUUCCUUGAUUGUUAAUUGCAACGUAUGUUGUAGUUUGCACAGACUUUCAUGCAUAAUUCACUUUAAAACGUAUAGAAUACGUGGUCUAAUAGUUUAAAGCUUUGGGAAAAGUUUCCACAAAUCUUACCUCUGAAGGUUCCUCUUGUGAGUGCCACGUGGUGGGCUCCUUUCACCGCCUCUCAAACAUUCCAGUUUAAGGGGCAGCAGAGUACCAUGGUCUGUAUGUAACAGGCUCAGCAGCAGCAGCAGCAGUUUCUCAUAAACUGUCCUAAGCCUGGUGCUCCUUCAUCUGAAAGCACUACUACAAGCACUCCAGUAACAAGUGGAUCCUGUUACGAUGUAGUCGCUGACACUAUUAAACCUCCUCUGCUGUGUGUGUCGCCA